ACUCCAGAGUGUGCUUGAUCCCAAGAAAAGUGCAGCCAUCUAACCAUGGUGGUUUUCAAUGGCUUGCUGAAAAUUAAAAUCUGCGAAGCGGUGAAUCUUAAACCCACGGCCUGGUCCCUGAGGCAUGCCGUGGGACCCAAGCCUCAGACCUUUCUGCUGGACCCGUACAUUGCCCUCAACGUGGACGAUUCCAGGAUCGGGCAGACCUCCACCAAGCAGAAAACGAACAGCCCGGCCUGGAAUGAUGAGUUUGUUACUGAUGUUAGCAAUGGCAGGAAGAUUGAGAUGGCCGUUUUCCACGAUGCCCCCAUUGGGUACGAUGAUUUUGUGGCAAAUUGCACUAUCCAGUUUGAGGACUUGCUGCAGAACGGGAGCCGCCACUUCGAGGACUGGAUUGAUUUGGAGCCAGAAGGAAGAGUGUAUGUCAUCAUAGAUCUUUCAGGCUCGUCAGGUGAAGCACCCAAAGACAAUGAAGAACACGUGUUUAGGGAACGGAUGCGUCCCAGAAAGCGCCAGGGAGCAGUGCGGCGCAGGGUCCAUCAGGUUAAUGGGCACAAGUUUAUGGCCACCUAUCUUAGACAACCAACCUAUUGUUCACACUGCCGAGACUUUAUAUGGGGAGUAAUAGGAAAGCAGGGGUACCAAUGUCAAGUUUGCACUUGCGUAGUCCACAAGCGAUGCCACGAGCUUAUAAUAACGAAAUGUGCCGGCCUGAAGAAACAGGAAGCCCACGACGAGGUGGGCUCCCAGCGCUUCAGUGUCAACAUGCCUCACAAGUUCAGCAUCCACAAUUACAAAGUGCCCACCUUCUGUGACCACUGUGGUUCAUUGCUUUGGGGUCUUCUCAGACAAGGUUUACAAUGCAAAGUUUGCAAGAUGAAUGUACAUAGACGCUGUGAAUCAAACGUGGCACCAAACUGUGGAGUGGAUGCUCGAGGGAUAGCUAAAGUUCUCACAGACCUGGGCAUCACUCCAGAGAAGAUCACUAAUAGUGGACAAAGAAGGAAGAAGCUUGUUCCAGGUGCCGAAUCUCAACCGCCAGUUCCUGGAUCCUCACCAGGAGAAGAUGACAGGUCAAAGUCAGCACCAACUUCUCCGUGUGAUCAAGAAAUUAAAGAGCUUGAAAAUAACAUUAGGAAGGCUUUGUCAUUCGACAACCGAGGAGAAGAACACCAGGGAGCAGGAACAGCCUCAACUGACAACCAGUUAAACGCACUUGGGGAGAAUGGUGAAAACGGGGACGUCAAAGCCCAGAUGAAGCGCAUGGGCCUCGAAGAGUUUAACUUCAUUAAAGUCUUAGGAAAAGGCAGCUUUGGAAAGGUCAUGUUAGCUGAGCUCAAAGGUAAAGACGAAGUAUAUGCGGUAAAAGUCUUAAAGAAAGACGUCAUCCUACAAGACGAUGAUGUGGACUGUACGAUGACAGAGAAACGGAUUCUGGCGUUAGCACGGAAACAUCCCUACCUUACUCAGCUCUACUGCUGCUUCCAGACCAAGGACCGCCUCUUUUUCGUCAUGGAGUAUGUCAAUGGAGGAGACCUGAUGUUUCAGAUCCAACGUUCGCGCAAGUUUGAUGAGCCCCGCUCCCGCUUCUACGCAGCGGAAGUCACAUCAGCACUCAUGUUUCUCCAUCAACAUGGCGUCAUCUACAGGGACCUGAAACUGGACAACAUUCUUCUUGAUGCAGAAGGUCACUGCAAACUGGCUGACUUUGGAAUGUGUAAGGAAGGGAUCUUGAAUGGAGUAACUACUACUACCUUUUGUGGAACACCAGAUUACAUUGCUCCAGAGAUCCUCCAGGAGUUAGAAUAUGGUCCUUCUGUGGAUUGGUGGGCUCUGGGUGUUCUUAUGUAUGAAAUGAUGGCUGGUCAACCUCCCUUUGAAGCUGAUAAUGAAGAUGACCUUUUUGAAUCCAUUCUCCACGAUGAUGUGUUGUAUCCAGUGUGGCUUAGCAAAGAAGCUGUUAGCAUUUUGAAAGCUUUCAUGACAAAGAAUCCAAAUAAGCGACUUGGCUGUGUGGCAUCACAGAAUGGCGAGGACGCCAUUAAACAGCACCCCUUCUUCAAGGAAAUUGACUGGGUUCUUCUAGAACAAAAGAAAAUCAAACCACCCUUCAAACCUCGGAUUAAAACCAAAAGGGAUGUAAAUAACUUUGAUCAAGACUUUACACGAGAAGACCCAGUAUUAACGCCGGUGGAUGACACAAUCAUAAAGCAAAUCAACCAAGAAGAAUUUAAAGGCUUCUCAUACUUUGGAGAAGAACUCUUUCCGUAA